GUUGAAGUCUUUCUUCUUAAACAAAGAGAGGGUAGCUUCAAGCUCUGCUUUUGUUUGCUAUCCUUAUUCUUUUAUAUUCAGUUUCAGUCUCUGUGUUUUCCUUCCUUAUGAUUGUGUCUAUACGAAAGAGCCUUCUUUGAUGUUAGUGGUUGUGUACUGGUGGGGGUGAGGAAUCUGAGGCAGAGGUGUUGAUGAUAUGGGGGCGUGUGUGUCAGCUCCACAGGGGUGUGUGGGAGGGAGGUUGAGCUCCUCCAAGGUGAAGACUCGGAAGAGGAAGAAUGAUGGACUCAGAAGAAGAGUGUCUUCUCGUUUGGCUAAAGGAUCAUUGGACAAGGUUGAUGUGGCUGUGUUGCCUGAUCGUUCCUUUGCCAAACCCACUUUCCAAGGAAGUACUGAGGAGGCAUGGUUUGAUUCAGUUCCUGUAUUUGACUCUGACUGUGAUGAUGAUUACCAGAGUGUUCCUGAUGAUGUUGUAUCUCUGAAUGGGAUUGAUGGUGGAUCCAUACCAAGUUUAACAUCUUCAAGAGAUGCCAACCAUGGAGUUUCAAAUGAUCAGGUGCAGAAAUCGAAGGAGUUAUCGGCUGGAUAUUCUGAGGCUGCCAGAAGUUCAGAUGUUCAAUAUUUUGGUGGAGAUGUCAUUGAUUCUCAAUGUAAAUGCGAUGGAAAUAUAAUUGAAGUAAAUGAACCUGUGUUCCUUGAUGAAAUUUCCUCAGUGGAUGCAAACUCCAACAAGGACGAUGGACUUUUGGAUAAUUGUGGGAUACUUCCACACAAUUGUUUGCCAUGUCUUGCAUCCACUGUUCCUUCUCUUGAAAAAAGAAGAUCAUCAAGUUCUAGUCCUCCUAGUGCAAGGAAGAAAUCUCCUAUGAAACUCCCCUUUAAAUGGAGGGAAGGACAUGGGAAUUCUACUCUAUUAUCCUCAAAGACACUUCUACAAAGACCAAUUGCAGGUUCUCAAGUACCCUUUUGUCCAAUCGAGAAGAAAAUGCUUGAUUGUUGGUCACACAUUGACCCAAGCAGCUUCAAAGUUCGAGGAGUAAAUUAUUUUAAAGACAGGAAGAAGGACUUUGCUCCUAACUAUUCUGCAUAUUACCCAUUUGGAGUAGAUGUUUUCUUAUCUCCACGAAAAGUGGACCAUAUAGCUCGAUUUGUGGAACUUCCUGUUAUUAGUUCCUCUGGGAAAUUUCCACCCAUACUUGUUGUAAAUGUUCAGGUUCCGCUCUACCCUGCCACACUUUUUCAAAGUGAAACUGAUGGUGAAGGAAUGAACAUUGUUUUGUACUUUAAACUUUCGGAAAGUUACUCCAAGGAACUUCCACUGCAUUUUCAAGAAAACAUCAGAAAGUUUAUGGAUGAUGAAGUUGAAAAGGUAAAGGGUUUUCCUGUAGAUACAAUUGCACCCUUCCGAGAAAGGUUGAAAAUAUUGGGCCGUGUUGUCAACCUGGAAGAUCUUCAUUUGAGUGCAGCAGAAAGGAAGCUCAUGCAAGCUUACAAUGAGAAACCUGUUCUUUCACGUCCCCAACAUGAGUUUUACUCGGGAGAAAAUUACUUUGAGAUUGAUUUGGAUAUGCAUAGAUUCAGUUAUAUCUCCAGGAAAGGAUUUGAAGCUUUUCUGGACAGAUUAAAGAUCUGUAGUCUAGAUGUUGGCCUCACAAUUCAGGGGAACAAAUCAGAGGAGCUACCGGAGCAGGUGUUAUGUUGUAUUAGGUUAAACGGCAUUAACUACAUGAACUACCAACAACUGGGGCUAACUCAGGAUCCACUCUAAUCAAAACAAUAGCUAAAGCAUUUGAAAUCUUAGAAAUUUAUGAUUAAUAAUGGUCAUUUCAUGAUGCAUUUCUAUGGCAACCUCUCUCUUAUUUGUUGGGUAGAGGUUGGAACAUCUUGUCAUAUUCAAUUAUAGAGGCAACAUGCGUGUGAUGAUGGGAUGGCAACUGUGUCUUGUGAUAGUGACCAAGCCAAGCCAGCCUCAAGUCAAGGACGUGUGGGUCACUGGCACUAGAAUUGAGAAAUGGACCUACACAUGCCUACUUAUAUUACGGACAAGGAGGGUCCAUUGUCACAAGCACAAUUACUCAUUCUUUAAAUGAGAAUUUAUUAUAGCAAAUAAAGUUAGAUCUACUAACACAAAUUUAAAGGCGUAGUAGGUUCUGAUAAAAAUUUCCUUGUUUUUUUUUGUAUCUUCAUGGAGGUGAUUCCUUUGUACAACUUUUACUAGUUAAAUGUACCGCUCUACUAUUUGAACGUGUGCAUAGUGAUUGAAAGCAACUGAUGGAAUCUCAACUUCUCAAAGGAAAUAUUUAUUAGCAAA